GCAAAGGUCACUCGUGUCAAUGGAACCCACGGAAAUAUCACAGGAGUCAAUGAAACCCAGGCAGAGAUCACAAUUGUUAAUGUAACCCAGGCAAAUGUUACAGAAGUGAAUGUAACCCAGUCAAAUGUCACAGGAGUCAAUGUUACCCAGGCAAAUGUUACAAGAGUUAAUGGAACUCAGGCAAAGGUCACUGGAGUCAAUGUAACGGAUUCAAAUGUCAUUGUAAACAAUUCAACCCAUCCAAAUAUCACUGGAAUCAAUACAACCCAUCCAAAUGUCACUGGAGUCGAUGGAACCCAUCCAAAUGUCACUGGAGUCAAUGGAACCCAUCCAAAUGUCACUGGAGUCAAUGGAACCCAUCCAAAUGUCACUGGAAUCAAUAUAGCCCAUCCAAAUCUCACUGGAAUCAAUACAACCCAUCCAAAUCUCACUGGAGUCAAUGGAACCCAUCCAAAUGUCACUGGAAUCAACACAACCCAUCCAAAUAUCACUGGAAUCAAUACAACCCAUCCAAAUGUCAUUGGAAUCAAUAUAACCCAUCCAAAUGUCACUGGAAUCGAUAUAACCCAUCCAAAUGUCACUGGUGUCAAUGUAACUCACCCAAAUGUCACUGAAGUCAAUGGAACCCAUCCAAAUGUCAUUGCAGUCAAUGCAACUCAUUCAAAUCUCAGAGGAGUCAAUGUUACCCAGGCAAAUGUUACAAGAAUUAAUGGAACUCAGGCAAAGGUCACUGGAGUCAAUGUAACGGAUUCAAAUGUCAUUGUAAACAAUUCAACCCAUCCAAAUAUCACUGGAAUUAAUACAACCCAUCCAAAUGUCACUGGAGUCGAUGGAACCCAUCCAAAUGUCACUGGAGUCGAUGGAACCCAUCCAAAUGUCACUGGAGUCGAUGAAACCCAUCCAAAUGUCACUGGAGUCAAUAUAACUCACCCAAAUGUCACUGGUGUCAAUAUAACCCAACCAAAUGUCACUGGUGUCAAUGUAACUCACCCAAAUGUCACUGCAGUCAAUGUAACUCAUCCAAAUGUCAUGGGUGUCAACGUUACUCAUCCUAAUGUCACUGCAGUCAAUGUCACUGCA